AUGUCCCAAACUGAAUUUAAGAAGCGUGAGCUCUUCAUCAGCAUCCUGAACGGCUGCAGGGGCAGCCCCGCUUGUAACGGCUCCCAUCUGAACCCUCCACAACACCAGCGCGCGGGCUGGAGACCCUCCAGUGACGACGAGCCCCUCUGGCUCGCGAGUGGUCAUCCGCCUCUGGUGUACCUUGUCGUGGCUACGGGCGGGGUGGUGGGCAACCUGCUGGUGAUGUUCCUGCUGUAUUCCACUCACACCAUCGCCACCGGCACGAUCAACUUCUUUGUGUUCAACUUGGCCUUUUCCCACCUGGUGUUCUCCCUGGUCUUGCCCUUUUGGGCCGUGGACAUUGCGAUGGACUACAGCUGGCCUUUCGGCCUGGCGACGUGCAAGGCCGUGUCCCUGCUCACCGGUCUCAACGUCUUUGCCAGCUGCUUUUUCCUGACGGCCAUGAGUCUGACCCGGUACUGCUACGUGGCCACCGCUCUCCGACCCGACGCCUCCCGCUGCAGCAGAUCUUGCACUUCUCCAGUGGCCACAGCUUUCAUCUGGGCUCUGGCCCUGGUCGCGGCGGCACCGCGGGCCGUGUUUGCUGACCUGAGUCGCGUGGGCAGCGGCAACGACACGGCGUGCCUGCUCCGCUUCCCGGCCGGCACGGCCUGGCUGGGAGUAAACCAGCUUCUGCGAGUGGUGCUGGGGUUCCUGCUGCCGUACGCCACCAUCAUCCUCUCCUACCUGCUGCUGCUGCGCUUCCUCUGCCGGCACACGUUGCAGGGCAGCGGCUCUCUGCGGAGGGCCGACAUUUCCAAGUCCGUGGCGGUGGUGGUGCUUUCGUUCUGCGCGUGCUGGUUCCCCUACAACAUCCUCACACUUUGGGGUGCCCUGAUCCAGCUGGACUUCGUGGAGAUCAGCUCCUCGUACUACUUGGCUCAGACGUACUUUUUCCCCCUGGCCAACUGUUUAGCGUUCACCAGCAGCUGCUUCAAUCCGGUCAUCUACUGCCUGGUGAGGAAGGAGUACCGCGUGGCUCUCCACAACGUGCUCUUCAAGCUGAGCCUGGCCAUCAUGUCGAAGAUGCCCUACGGCGUGGCUUCUGAGGAGGCGUCCGGACAAACGGGGCACCUGGCUAUUCCGCUCAAUAACAUCUACAGCGAGACAAUCCAUACCGACACCAGGCGGUACGUGCCGCUGACGGCAAUUCCAACUGCGUGAAACCCCAACACGAUGGCACCGUUCUUCUCUACAAAAUAACUACACUAACCUUUUUUAGUCAAAGUCAGAGUUUUGAUUGUGUAAGUCUGGUAUUUUGUGAAUAAGCUGGAUCUUAAACGCGAUAUACAGCCUUUCCUUCAUGAAUGGGCUGCACAACUCGUAUCUUAUACAAUGGAGGCAUAAUACAAGUCUUAACUUAGGAAAAUGUAUGCACCGAUCCAGUACAAAUUUAUUAAGACGUCCUUCUUAUUCGCUUUCUUCUCCACUUCUUGCUAUUGUUAUGGGAAAAACUCACGUACUCAUGUAAUAUAAACACAUUUGUGUCAUUUAAUUGAAAUCAAAAUGAAUAAAAUUGUAUUAACCUGCACGUUGUGCACUUGUGUUUUUGCACGUCACCAAGAUGCCCCAACAUGUACAGUAAAGCUUAUACAAUCCGUC